AAACCAGAAGUCCUAAACACUCCUAUUCUUCGACGCUUUAAGUGUACUCCCUACGGCUACGAACUCUAUAAGUCUUUAUCGAUAACUUAUGAAUCAAGUCGGCAAGCCCUUAAAGAGUUGGGCCGAGACACUAAAUUUGAAGACGAUAUUGGGCAUUAUAACUUUCGCCCUAGGAGCGGCAAAGGGUGCUUGGUCAGUCUGGCGACGCUGUCUUUGAAAAACAUUAUUAAUCACAAUUCAUUGGACGCGAUCUCCAGUAUGUCGUUCUUCUUCGACUAUCUUAGGAGGGCCUUAUACGUUUCGCUGGAAUUAAGACGAGAGAAGAGAGAGCUCGGGGCAGAGAUACGAUCUCUGGCUGGCUCAAUCAAAAAAGCUCGAGUUCCCUUUCCAUACCUCUAUCAAAAGCACGAAAAUAUCAAUAAAGAAAUAGCGAAACUUCGAAAGAGGCUAGCAACCGAUACGCGAGAGGCAGCUAGGAAAGACCAUUUCCAGAAUGCGCCCAUAAAGCAACUCCUCGGCAAUACUGAUGAAGCUUCUAGUGAAGCUCCGGAAAAUGAAGACUCUGGUGAUGAAACCUGGGAACUGCCUACUCCAGAAUAUGUCUUUGCCGAGCGGGCACGCCUGGUAGAAAACUUUUACGGACCCGACGCAGAGAACUUCGACGAGGACAAGCUACUCGCUCGACGCACCCAGGUUACUAAGGAUAUGGUUGCGCUAUUGCGGCUUUCCGAGCCGAGUAGGCGGGGUAAUCGAGUCAAUUGGAACAUUGGCGAUGAAGAUGAUGAUUUGCUUGAUCCGCCAAAGGAAUCGCCUCUGCUCGAGGAAGACACUAUGAAUUGUCCAACCAAUAUAUAUAUCAUCUGCUGUGGUCUAUCUCGCCAAUCAUCAUUGAACCCUCCUCCGCAUGAAUUUCCUCCUGAUCGACAGGAUUCUCUUCGCCGCCACUUGAUUGAUACGCACCUGCAACAUGCGCGCAACGGAAUUAGCUGCAAUUGGGAAACCUGUCGCGAUGUCCCGCUGUUCAGCGACAUCACCAAAUUCCUGGCUCAUGCUUCCACUGAACAUUCGUAUGAUAUCAAAAUCAAAUUGUGUCAUCUCCCGCAGGCAUCACAAACUAGCUGCAGCGACGUUUCAUCCAGAGAAGCGUCUCCAGUGUCGGAGAAUCGACAAAGGACUGAGACUCCCGCCUCCUCCGUCGACCUCGAGAUGAAAAAUAUUGACCCACGCUUGUUGGAGGCACAUUUCAAUGUUAUGGCGACACCGAACUUCCCAUUCAUCGCCGCACGCAGAAAUAUAGCGAAUAUAAGUCGACUCUACGACACUUUCGAGAGAAGCACUUGCAGGAUCGAAGGUGUCAUAUGUGUGACGAAGAUCUACUACAUGAGAUGCAUCUUCGCAGGCAUGCAGAAGAGGUUCAUCGCCUCAGCACUGAACGGAAUUACUACACCAAAGAAGAUACGGGAUCGGAAAUUGAUACCGAUUAAUUGGGAGGCUUUGCAGGUGUUCUGUCAGAUUGAAGUACUCUAUUUUGUCUAUGCUUAA